AGAAGCUCACAAACGGCCGAGGGAGCGGAGCAGAUCUGAGCGACACGGCGCUGAACUGAGCUAAACUGAGCUGAACGGGACGGUUUAUCGAGAAUAAAGCGGAUUAUCGGCUUGGAUUUCCAGUCAUGACUUUUGAAGAAGUUUGUGGACAAGACAACGGGACUAAUACGAGCGAUAGGAUGUGCAGUGCAGGUUCGGCACUCGAGGAGCUGCUGCUCUCCGCCAAGAAGAACGACUGUCUCACAGUUGGAGUCUACGAGUCUGCGAAGGUCAUGAAUGUUGACCCAGACAGCGUGGCGUUCUGCGUGCUGGCGACAGACGAGGAGUACGAGUGCGACAUCGCCCUGCAGAUACACUUCACCCUCAUCCAGGCCUUCUGCUUCGACAACGACAUCAACAUCGUCCGGGUCAGUGACAUCGACAGGCUCGCUGACAUUGUGGGCAGCGACGAGACGGGAGAACCAAAGGACGCCCACUGCAUCCUCGUAACGAACCCUAACCUGGAAUCCUGGAAGGACCCAGCUUUGGAAAAGCUGAGUCUGUUCUGUGAGGAGAGGCGUGGCAUGUACGAGUGGGUUCCUGCCAUCACACUUCCAGAGCGCUGAAGGCUGCGGGGAGCUUACAAGGCAGGAAAGUACGUGAAACUUCUGGUUGCGGAGUCCUGAAGUUGUCUGGAUUAUCCUGGAUUAUCCCAUCCAGAGACGGACUGAACCAGCAUGUGGGCGUCAGUCUGCGCCGAAGGAAGCAUGUGGUCCAUGGACUGGUGUGGCCUAAAAGCUGUUUGCCUGAUGCCGCUUGGUGGAGACAAUGCUGAGGAAGGUGGGGUUGAGGACGGAGGGCAGGAGCUGUGAGGAAGCUGAUCAGGAGCUGUGGAGGUGUUACGGGAAGUGUUGUCUGGAGGACCGUGGAGGUGAUGGGGAAGCUGAAGACGGCUUUAUUUCUUUACGCAGGACUUUUAUUGCUUGUGGUUUGGAGACGAUUGAUUAACGUGCGUGGACUGGAUAGUUAAGCUGACCGGGAGGCUGUCCGAUCAGCCCAGCGUGGACUGCAGCAGUUCCGUGUUCAUGAGCUCGGCCCGUUUGGGUGACGUUCCUCACCUGUUUAAUCCUUGUUUUCUGUAUUGUGACGGACGUUUGCGAUGCAGUGUCCGCAGAUGGCGGCGCUGCAAAAACAACUCUUGGAAACUUGAAAUAUUAAUAAAUGUGUUCAAACUGAAAA